AUGUUCCGGGAAGACUGUGAGACGGUGCGGUUCAGCCUGCGGUGCCGCUGCUGUGACAAAUCCUUCAGUAAUCGUUCCAACCUGCAGCGCCAUCUAGCCUCGCAAGCCAACUACCGCCCUUACUCCUGCCCCGUGUGUUCCAAGGCCUUCGCUCGCAAGGACGUCCUCAAGAGGCACGUGAUGAAGCACAACUUGUCCCAGUCCCUGCACGCCAUCCUCACCGAGCCCCCGGGGAUCGUGUCGCUCGGUAGUGUUCUUAGUAGCCGUGCCAUCCAGUCAUCAAAGACAGUCACAAUGCAGUACAUACGCUCUCGUUACGUCACACAGUCACGUGGUACUGUCCUGCGCCACUGCCCAACUCCAAACAAAGAGACAGCGUGGCUUAGUAAUGUACCCAAAGCUCUCCCAAGGUCCAGUAUGCUCUCUAAAGUUUUCAGUAAUACUCUAAAGCUAUUCCAAAGUCACUACAGCUCUUUAUGUAAUGGCCUGAAGCUCUCAGAACUCCUUCACAUCCUAGUCCCCCAAAAUCUCACCAGUAUUACUCCUAAGCUGUACCCUGAAAUCACCAGCAUCUUUGUAAAUCAGAUGAGCACUAAGGUCAUUGGAAGCUUUGGUUUAAGUCCUCAGCUGUACCUAGAUCUCAUGGUGAAUUGA